GGGGAGCACUUCCGGUGAUAGUGUUUCCUGUCACUGUUUGUAAACUGAGAAAAAAAUUGGAGUUGCGACAAGAAAUAAUAAUCUCCAGUGGUCCUAAAAUACAAAGGCUUUGGGCCCCUGAUGAUUAGGGGGGCUGUGGUCUCUUCUAUCACCCUUCAUCCUGAGUGAAGCCCCCUCUGUCCCCUCAAACACACACGCAUUCAAACCAGAAGAUGACACACCAUUCCAACAGUUCAGUUCGAGACCAUAUGAAAUGGGCUGGGUUGCUGGGCUGUGAGGCGGUGCUGUCCAGCAUGGCCCUGAUGCAAGCCAACAACAUCCCAGGCCAGAAGAAGAUUAUCUCAGCCCUGGGUCAGAGCCACAGAGGCAGCCCCGAGAGUAACCAAGCCCACUCGCACCACAGCCAAAACCACCAUGGGCACCAGGGUCACCAUGGACAAGCCAACCAAAGCCACGGGGGGCACCGCCCAGAUGGGAGCUGUCCACCACUGCUUAUCCGCAAGGACGGGGAGUAUCACUCAUCAAGGAUAAUAGAUGACAAGGAAGUGCGGGCAAAUCAGAACAUGCAACCCAAGAAGAAACACAAAAAAUCUGGGUCGUCGCACAAAGUUAAAGAGAAAGUGGAGCUCAUGCUUCCAGCCAUCGAUAUGGAUGACGAUAACUCCCUGAAAGUCCAGAAGAACUUCAUCUGUGAUCACUGCUAUGGUGCUUUCCGGAGCAGCUACCACCUCAAGCGACAUAUUCUCACACAUACGGGAGAGAAGCCAUUUGCCUGUGACGCGUGUGACAUGCGGUUCAUCCAGCGCUACCACCUGGACAGACACAAGAGGGUCCACAGUGGAGAAAAGCCCUACCAGUGUGAUCGAUGCCAUCAGAACUUUUCACGGACAGACAGACUGCUGAGACACCGGCGGCUGUGUACAGUUGGGAUAGGCAAAGACGACAGCCAGUACUCCCAGGCUACACCUGCUCACACCGCCUCCUGGAGCCCCCUACAGCCUUCUAACAACCGCCUAACUGUCUGACCAUCAGCCUCCGUACAGCAGGCUGCCCCUUAGUAUCACCAUUCACUGGAGUUCGACCUGAAAGUAGUUUCAGCUAAAGACAACCAAACUUUAGUUUGCUCCCGGCAGCUCCUUUACAGAGCUUGAUACUGGAGGCUUUUUUUUUUUUCUUAAUUAACUGUUACAUUUAUACUCAAACCAGAAGGGGAUGGACUAAUUUGGACAAUUUAAGGCAAUAAGUGAAUUAACUCAACAGAGAAACGCACACAUCUCCGGUGAUCUGAUAGGUUGCAGAGGUUUUAUUUGGAGUCAUCACCCUGAGAUUGUUUUUGAUAUACUUUUGACUGCACGGACAGUCAGAUUAUAGGAGCACUUCCUCUCUCCUUAGACCUGCAGUCCACCCUACACCCCUCUAUGUCAUUGGACACACAAAAUGUUGCAACCUGUUAGUGUAAAAUCCUGUUUGUUUGUUUUUUUUUCUUCUGAUGCCAGUCAGAAACUUGUUUCAUUGGCAUGGAAGAAGUCAUUUGUGUUAUCCUUUUAAAAUAUGUAGUUAAUAAUCAAUGACUGAAGGUCAGUUGGAUCUACACUGAUUUAAAACGUAAAUGCUUUUAGUAAGGAGUGAAAUUCAAGCUAGUGACACAUUUUUACCUCUUAAAUGGAUCCAAACUUAAGUUUGUACCUGAUAAUCUUCCAGCUGUAAAACCUGAAGAACAGCUGCACCCUGACAGAAAUAGUUGCAAUUGACUGAAAAACACUUCAAAUUAAUUUCUCUACUAAUUACGGUAUUAAUAAUCCAACUUCAACCUCGUUUUAAAUGAAUUUGAUCCUGACUAUUAGUAUUCGACGUUGUGAGUAGUAAUCACUAGAAAACCAAUAGGUUUAUAGGAGCCCAUGUUUUUCUUAAGCUUGUGAAUGGUGAUCUACUUUAGACCAACUGGAAGAAGGAAAACACCUUUUUUGCAAACAGUAUUUUGCAAAGUGCUUCCAUGAAAUAUAAACUCAUUGUAUUAUCUGUAUGUUCCUAGAAAUCACCAACUUAUCUUUCGCUUUUAACUCAUCAACUGAUUCCACUGACUGUAAACGGCUUUUAUCAUAGUUUAGAAAGCACGUGGAGUUGGGUAAGCAUGUUAUCUGACCUGCAGCUCUUUGAUUUUCAAACAACCUUUGUAUGGAUAAUGCUUACCAGGCUGAGUCGGAAACAUAGAUCUCCCGUCGACUGCUUUUAUUCAAAGUAAAUGUCCCAGAUGAGUCCGGUUAGUAUAAAACACGUGAAAUGCCUGAUGAACAGAUCUCUACUGCUGACCUCUGUCUGAAUGAAUGUGCCCUGAUUUCGGUGCCAUGUCAUGUCUAGUCCCGUUUGCGUUGAGCAUCUUCAGUGAAGAUGGAUCAUUGGAUGUUGCUGACAGCGAGCGUGUUAAUGCCCGCUUCCAGUAAUAUCCGACUGUAAACACUGGAUGGUGGAGGAACACACGAGAUUUAACUUUUAUUUAGUCUAAAAUGUAUUACGAUAGACUGGUAGCUCUGUUUCUGUCAGGCUUUUAGAUGAUGUCAGGAGAGUUUGGGGUCCAUUACCAACCGUCUAUUGUUAAUUAAGUUAAUAUAUAUUUAAAUUGUUGUAGGUGUAGUAAAUAGUAUAUUGGAACUAAACUCAGAAAGCAAAUCAAAGGUUUUUACAAAGUUAUAAUCUUUAGUCACUUCAUUUACUGCUACAGCUGAAGAUACCACUGCAGGCUUGGUUCUCUGUUUGGUGAAGAUUAAAAGCUGCCGUUUGUUUCUUUUUAGUAUAACAGCCAUGAUUAGUUAGAACGUUAUUUUCUUGCAUGUAUUUGUUGAUAAGCUUGUAUAGAUUUUGUGUUGUUCUUUUUUUUUUUUAUCUUUUUUUUAAGGCCUUAACCAUUUUGUCCUGCUAUGAUUGAAGUCAGUUAUGACUUAAUCAUUUUGUACUAAAUGGAGUUUAAGGGUCACAAUAAAGGUGUUUAAAAAAAAAAGUGAAUGCUUAAGUUAGUUUUCAACAAAGGGUUUGGUAAGACUAUUUUUUUGGUGUCAUUCUUUUAAACCAAACUACAAACUCUGCUUUUCAACCUGGUGUGAGGGUUGUUUUUUUUAAGGAAGGGCUAACUGCUCCAAAAGCUUUGCAACCU